AUGACCUUCCUCGAUCCAAAUAAACCUCCGAAACUCCUCACCAAUGCAUCGAGUCCCGACUCUGGUGGUGGUGUGACAGCACCAGCUGCAGCACUUUCGCCACUCUCGUGUGACGAUACUCCUCCCCCUCUCCCUUCACAGCCGAUCCCCAAGAAGAAAGACCGCCAGCAGACUCUGCUGAAACGAGGACCCAUCAAACCCAGGGAGAGAAUGAGUCCACCGUCCCGGAUGAGCGACGACGGAGAAAACAAGAGCGACACUCAGUCUGCGUCGAGCGGGUGUACCUCUCCCUCGCCAAAGGACAGAAUCUACGACGUAAUCUCUGAAGCAGUCCCAGGUCGAAAAACGGGCAAGGCACGUGGCGCCGGAUUCUUCCGGAAGAUGACUCGAAACGACUCCAAGGGGUCUGACCCUGACUUGAGAUCGGACUCCACGUUCCGGAGAGAGGCCAAGAGUUUCUCGGCGUUCACUUUCCGGCGAUCGAACUCUGACAGAUUCAAGAAGAACAAACUCCCGAUCCUCGUCCCCACGGAGGAGAACGCCUUUGCUGCCGCACGCAGACAGACUGUCCACCGGACGCCGUCUGUGGACAAGUUGGACGAUCGCAUGGAGAGGUCUGUGAAGAUGUCUGCCCCCGAGAACGAGGGAGAUUCGUCCAGUGACGAUGAGUCUGACGAGGAGACAGUGGAGUCACCUACACAGCAAGGUCUUCCCCAGCCCCCUCUUCCUCGCUACACGGAGCGACCGAAAUCCCACAAGAGAGAAGACAGGCCCGUCAGUGGCUAUAUUGUCCCAGCUGAUGAAGAGCCACUGUACCAGUAUAUCAACACGGCGGAGUUCCUGCGUACUCCACAGGAGAGCGUCAAGCCCGGACUGACGAAGAACCAGCUGGACAUUGCCAGACAUCUCUCCAGCAGACGACUCUGGUGUGAACAACCCGAGAUCAUAAAGAGUGGUGUUCUGGACGGUUUAUCUGAAGAUGAGAAAAAACUACAAGAGGCCAUGUUUGAGGUGGUGACGACUGAAGCGACGUACCUGCGGAGUCUGGAUGUGCUGAUAGAGCACUUCAUGGAGGACCCGGGGAUGAACCCCCACCUCCCUGAGGGGAGGAGGGUCCUGGACAAGAGACAGCACCACGUCAUCUUCUCCAACGUCCAGGAGGUCAGGGAGGUCAGUGCCAGAUUUUUGGAGGAGCUGAGGGCAAGACAAAGCGAAACUGCUGUCAUCAAAGGCAUCGCUGACAUCAUCCUUGAAUAUGCAGAGAGGAGGUUUGACUGCUACAUUCGCUACUGUACCAACCAGAUCUACCAGACCAGAGAGCUCCAGGAGUGCCUGGAGAAGAACGUGAUGUUCCGGGAGUACCUGCGGAGGCUGGAGACGCACAAGAGAUGCCAGCACCUCAGCAUGCAGUCCUUCCUCCUGCUGCCCAUGCAGCGCAUCACGAGGCUGCCCCUACUAAUUCUGGCCAUAUUGAACAAGACACCAUUGGACCAUCCGGAUCACAGAAUAGUGGAGAACGCCCUCAGAACUAUACAGAAACUGGUGACUGAGUGUAACGAUGGAGCUCGCAGAAUGGAGAGAACUGAACAGCUGCACAACAUCCACAGACAGCUCGACUUUGGGAAACUAAAGCCAUUCCCACUGGUGUCUGCCAGUCGCCAGUUGGAGAAGAAGGGGACAGUAGUGAGACUAAAGGUGGAGCAGAAACUGUUCAAUCGCCACAUGAUCAAGAGCAAGCAGCUCUACCUGUUUGUCUUCACUGACCUCAUCAUCAUCACCAAACGCAAGAAAGAGUAU